AGUUCAGGGAGCUGGCAGAGCUAGGCCAAGGCUAGCGAGGGCAGUCGGGUUGUCACGUGAUGGGACAUUCGUGACAGCUGUGCGUGUGUGACAGUAGCUUUCGGGUGUCGCGGGACGGGCUAUGCGGCCGUGCGAUGACCGCUACCUUGGCCUGCGAUGUGUCGGAGAAGAAGAAAGCCGACAAGCGUGCCCACUACGCCCCCUUGGCCGGCGGCCAGAACCCGACGGGACGAAAGAGGAGCCUAUGCCGCCGAUUCCCAUCUCGGUAUGUGCUCAGCCUGCUGCUGUUCUGGGGCUUCUUCCUUCUCUACGCGCUGCGCGUCAACCUAAGCGUGGCCAUCGUGGCCAUGGUCAAUGGCACAGCAGUGCUGGCUGCGGGAACCACGGCCAGUGGUGCCGACUGUCCUGCGCCCGAUGGCUCCCUGUACAACGCCACUGCUGACCCAGAAACGAGAGGCGAGUUUAACUGGGACGAACGCACGCAAGGUGCCGUUCUGGGUUCCUUCUUCUACGGCUACGUGCUGACCCAAGUGCCCGGUGGUCGGCUGGCUGACCGCUUCGGGGCCAAGAGGUUACUUGGCGCAGGCAUCCUGGUGACCUCGCUGCUUACCCUCCUCACUCCGUUCGCUGCGCGCAUCAGUCCAGUGGCACUCAUGGUGCUGCGCUUCGGUGAGGGCAUCUCCGAGGGUGUGGUGUUUCCCUCGUCCCUGGCAUUGCUGUCGCACUGGUCGCCUGUGCACGAGCGGAGUCGGCUGGUGAGCCUGAACACGGUGGGCACUGCGGUCGGGACCGUAGUCACCCUGCCGCUCACCGCCCAGCUCUGUGCGAGUACCUGGGGCUGGCCUGGCAUCUUCUACCUCCUUGGUGUGCUUGGCUGUGUGUGGUUCGUGCUGUGGAUGUCCCUGGUGUAUGAGUGGCCCGAGAUGCACCCGGGCAUCUCCAACCGUGAGCUUCAACACAUCCAACGCUACCGGGGUAGUUCCUGCGCUGCUCAGCAGCCACAUGGUGUACCGUGGGGCCGCCUUCUGAGCUCACGGAGUGUUUGGGCCCUGGGCGUGACCAUGUUCUGCGGCAACUGGGGCUUCUACCUGUUACUCAUAGAUCUACCCAACUACCUCCGUGGAGUCUUGCACCGACCCAUUGGAAGCAAUGGCUAUGAGAAUGCAGCCGUGCACAUAGCGGGAGCUGUGAGCAUGUUGCUGUGCGCCCCCGUAGCUGACCUUCUUCGCAAGCGCCAGAUGCUUUCCGUCACCGUCAUCCGCAAGGUGUUCCAGACCUUGGGCUUGCUGGGGCCGGCGCUGUGCCUUUCACUGGUUCCCCUGGUGGGGUGCGAUGCCAGGGCGGCACUGGUGUGCCUGGUUUCUGGCAUGGCCCUGUACGGAUUCACCGUUGGGGGACAGAGCCCACUGACCCUGGACAUCGCGCCAGACUUUGCAGGCACGGUGAUGGGCAUUGUGAACUGCAUGGGCAACCUGUCGGGCAUGCUGGCGCCCCUGGUGACCGGCUACAUCAUUGAGCAUGACGAGAGCCUGGCACAGUGGCGCAAGUUGUUCCUGCUGGCAUCGGCCAUCUACACUUUUGGUGCAGUGAGCUUCGUACUGUUCGGCUCUGCCAAAGUGGAAGAGUGGGGUGUGGCACCCACCAAAAAGAACAGCCUGAUGAGCUUCCCGCACCCGGAGUCCGACUCGGAAGAGGACCCCGAAGACUUCCAUGCUGUGGCUGCCGAGAUGCACCUAAUGUGAUGCUCCCUGUGAUGCACAUUGUCACAUGUGAUUUCUUCUCGCAUAUGGUUACGAACCGGUGAAGUCCUGCGACGCACUUACCCAGUCAACGUGCGAAGGCCUCCUGUGAUGCACCUACAAGUCAUCGCACAUCAUCACCUAUGUGGCAAUAUGGAUUCUCCACCUGUGACAAGGUUUUUAAGAACACUGCACAAAUCGUGCUCAGUUUUACCAGAUAACUACGAGUAGCCAGCUAGUUAGGCAUGUCAUAUUGCAAUAUUCCGCAUGCAGGAGAUUGUCAAAUGUUGUUCAGCAGAGAGCGUGAAAGGCUUCUUUGUUUGGCUCUUAGCAUGGCGGCACCAUCUGGCUGGCUAGCAAUGUAACCGCAAUGGACUUGGUUUUCCUUUUGUGGUGCAUGCCGCUGUGACCAUCGCACAUCUGGUCAGUUAAUGUGUUUCAUGUACAACCCACCCCACCUUCCUUUUUUUUUCACUCUCUCUCUCUCUCUAUCUUUUUAUAGUGAUCCAGCACAAUUUGCAUGUUGAACUAAGAGAAACAAACGUAUAGGAGAAUCAAACUGCUCAUUCGCAGCAUCACAAGUAGGUAUAGCGGGAUGCCCUCUGACAAUCCUAGGGAACCGUUGUUAGUUGGUAUUUGGAGUUGCAAAACAUUGAUGUGCUCGGUUGUCAUGGCAAGUGGGGAAAACAAGGGAGCUUUUUAAACCACCAAAUUACCAAGGCACACAAUUGGGCUCAAAAAAAUGUGAAGUGCUUGCAGCAACUUCUCCCACUUCGUGGUAUUGGACCAUGCAACAUCAGUGGACUGUGUUCAUUGUACUAAUCUUUUAGCAGAAAACAAUAACCUUGAAGCACAAAGAUUGUUUGAACCUGUAGCAAACAUGGCAUCACAUGUUGAUAGGUGAGGCACCUUCUUGUAUCGGUUAGCACAAACACUGAACAGAGUGUGCAGGGAAGCAGGUUCCUGGUAAAACUUGUACUUAGAUAAGGACAGACUGCCUUCAUUUGUUAUUUUCUGUUGCUAAAACCCUACAGCCAUCUUUUUUAGGUGAUGGCUGUCAGGUGAUGCAUGGUGCUUUUACUUCCAUUGUUUGUUACAUGAUGCUUCAAUGAUGUUCAUUGAUACUUUUUUCACGUGGCUUAGAAGAGUUGUGGGCACAAACUGUAGCGCAAACAUAGCACAAGGCUUGGCACGUUCAGAAAGCGUCUUUCAUUGGUUAAAGAGCGGCCAAGGUUACUUUGUGCUUAAGUGUUUCCAUACUGGUGACUCUGUGAUGAAAGUUUAAUCUGAGAAAGUGGUUUUAUAAGCUGAAGAUUUGUUUUAAUUUAAGAAAUUAAAAUGCUGCAUACUCGUUAGUUUUUUUUUUUCUUUAAACAAAUGUACAUUCCAUUGUUGUCUGUUUUUAAAUUUAACCGUGCUAGUUGUUCACGGCACCAUUACUGAUGGUCUGUUCCUGUUAUCUAUGAGGCCAUCAUCACCAUGGUUGUUCAAUGUGAUCACUUUUUUACUCUUUUUUUUUUGCAUGGAGCUGUUUAAAUGCUUUUGUAGUGCGAGUAGACAUCAUUGCAGAUUGCUAGAGAUUAUUUUCAGCACCUUCCUUUAGUGAUUUGCAUGAUCUGCUCGUGUGGCUUGAGUGUUGUCACUCAGCGCAAGGUUGCUGGUUUUAUUACUUGCCUCCUGUACGGCUGUAUUUUACUAGAAGUGAUGAUCUGAAAAAGCCUAUUUCUUAUGUGGUUUUAGCGCAUGUUUAAGAGAUGUUAA